AUUUGGCCAUUUCGAAUGAGUAGUUAUCUGCUGCAAGAGAACAAUGUUACACGGGGGGUUGUUCGUGGUGUUGGCCACAUGUGUCGCUCUGGCGGCAACCAGGGAGUCUCCUCAUGCUGACACCGUCAGACAGUUGUUCCAAAGCAUUGACAUGCGACAUUCGGACAACGUGUUUGAAGACGGACUCUUAGAUGUGCCCGGCCUUAUUAGAAAAUAUCGUUAUCCAGUAGAAGUUCACACCGUGACGACAAAGGAUGGCUAUAUAUUGGAAAUGCAUCGUAUUCCUCACGGCCGAGACGCUAACAACGAUCCGAAUAAGAAAAGGCCAGUUGUGUUCUUGAUGCAUGGAAUGGUUUCUUCAUCUGCCGAUUUAGUUAUAAUGGGCCCUGGUUCCGCUCUAGGCUAUAUCCUCGCAGAGGAAGGUUUUGACGUGUGGAUGGGUAACGCUCGCGGUAAUUACUACUCACGCAAACACGUCAGUCUAAACCCUGACGUAGGCAACAAAUUCUGGAAGUUCUCUUGGGAUGAAAUAGGGAACAUUGACCUUCCAACUAUGAUCGACUACGCAUUAGAGGUGUCAGGACAGGAGCGACUACACUAUAUAGGACACUCGCAAGGCACCACAUCGUUCUUCGUUCUAGGAUCUUUGCAGCCAGCUUACAAUGACAAAAUUAUUUCCAUGCACGCUAUGGCUCCAUCAGCUUAUUUCGAGCAUAUUGAAAACCCUUUCUUAAGAUUAGUGGCGCGCUAUGUUAAUAAUAUUGAGAGGCUUGCAUAUUUGCUCGGUACCGGCGAGUAUUUGCCCAACAGUGAAGCUUUGACUUGGGCUGGACAGAACCUGUGUCAUGAUGAAGCGGUAUUCCAACCGAUGUGCAGUAACAUCGUGUUCUUAAUUGGAGGAUGGAACGAAGAUCAACACAAUGCUACUAUGAUACCCGCCAUACUUGGUCACAGUCCUGCUGGUGCGGCCGCGAGGCAGUUCGUUCACUACGGCCAAGGCAUCGCAAGCGGAGAGUUCCGUCGGUACGACCAUGGAAAUGUACUGUCAAAUAUAAGAGCUUAUGGGACUUCCCGACCACCGAAUUAUGAGUUAUCUAAAAUAACUGCUCCAGUGUUCCUUCAUUAUUCCGAAAGCGAUCCAUUGGCGCAUGUUGAAGAUGUCGAUAGGUUGUUCAGGGAACUAGGAAACCCGAUGGGUAAGCUCCUCGUGCCGAUGAGCAAAUUCACUCACCUCGAUUUUAUAUACGCCAUUGAUGGAAGGGAAUUACUCUAUGACAGAAUUAUUGAUAUAAUGAAAACCAUGGACGCCAGUAAUUUUAAUAAUGAUGUUUAAGUACCUGUAACAUGAAUGUAAUAUCAUUAAAAUUAUCUGAAUUUGUUGUAGGUAUGUUUUGGUUUAUGUACAAAUAAAUGAUCAAAUUAAAUAUA